CUAUAGGGAUUGUCAAACAGGAGGACGGGAGCAACAAGUAUUAAUGCUGAGAGUUCUCGUUCCCAUAGUGUAUUUACAUGUGUGGUUGAAUCACGCUGCAAGAGCAAAGCAGAUGGAUUAAGCAGCCGAAAGACAAGUAGAAUAAAUCUUGUUGAUCUUGCCGGAUCAGAGCGACAAAAGCUGACUGGUGCAGCUGGAGAGAGGUUAAAGGAAGCAGGGAACAUCAAUCGAUCUCUUUCCCAACUUGGGAACUUAAUAAACAUUCUUGCGGAAGUUUCACAAACAGGGAAGCCAAGGCACAUUCCUUAUAGAGAUUCCAAGUUGACGUUUUUAUUGCAGGAAUCUCUAGGAGGAAACGCAAAACUGGCAAUGAUCUGUGCCAUUUCUCCAUCUCAAAGCUGUAAGAGUGAGACUUUUAGUACACUGAGAUUUGCCCAGCGAGCAAAGGCAAUCAAGAACAAGGCAGUUGUGAAUGAAGAAAUGCAGAAUGAUGUGAAUUUCUUGAGAGAUGUUAUACGGCAACUGAAGGAUGAGCUAAUUCAAAUGAAGGCCAAUCAAAGAGAUCAAAAUGGAAAUUAUUCUUCUGGAUGGAAUGCCCGGAGAAGCCUGAAUUUGUUAAAAUUCAGCCUUAAUCGAUCAGCCGCAUUGCCGUAUGUAGAUGAUGAUGGUGAUACACUAAUGGAGAUUGUUGAAGAAGCGGAAAGGUUGGAUCUUCAGUCCAAUAGGGGAAAUACUGGAACAGCAAAGGCAUGCACUGUAGAUGUUCAUGAAGAAAACAUGGACACAGAAAACACUCCGGAGAAGUCUCCAGUUUGCUUGAAGGAUGAUUCAGUGCCUAAUCUCAGUAUACUUCCAUGUGAUAUUCUCAAGUCUCCAACACCAAGUGUUUCACCAAAGAUGAAUACUAGCAGCAGUAGGAAAAGCCUUAAGACAUCAUCUAUGCUAACUGCCUCUGAAAAAAAUCUAAUAGAGAAUGAGUUGGAUGCUCCACAGCCACCCUUAACAAAGCCUUCGAGCAGCACCUGUUUGCAUUCUGCGUCAAGAAAAAGCAAAAACUGUUUUACAUCAACUGCACAUUUGGCUGCAAGUCUUCAUCGUGGUCUUGAAAUCAUUGGUAGUCAUUGCCAAAGUGUGUCCUCAAGAAAGUCAUCAUUCAGAUUCUCUUACAGACCUGCUGAACUUAGAGCAAUAGUGCCUGUUGCUAAAGUUGAUGUGGGUGUUCAAACUGCUCUUAAUGGCCAUGAACCACUCGAAGACGGUUCAAUAUAUUUAUGUAGUAAGUGCAAGACAAAUAAUUCUAUGCAAGCACUCAAUGAUGUCACGAGUGAUAGCUCGAAUCUGCAGUUGGUGCCUUUUGAUGGGUCACAGUCUUGCGAGAAAUUCAAGGUUCAAGUCCCUAAAGCAGUAGAGAAGGUUCUGGCAGGAGCUAUACGAAGAGAAAUGGCACUGGAAGAAAUAUGUUCUAAGCAAAACUCAGAAAUUUUGCAACUAAAUCGUUUGAUUCAGCAGUACAAACAUGAGCGAGAAUGCAACUCGAUAAUUAGUCAAACACGGGACGAUAAGAUUGUACGCUUAGAGAGCUUGAUGGAUGGGAUCCUAACAACUGAGGACUUUUUAGAGGAUGAGAUGAUGUCACUAACUCAUGAGCACAAGAUUCUGAUAGAAAAGUACGAAAACCAUCCUGAACUAUUGAGCACAAGAAUAGAGCUAUCUCGAGUUCAAGAUGAGCUGGAAAGGUAUCGUAACUUCUUUGACUUGGGUGAGCGGGAAGUUCUAUUGGAAGAGAUUCAGGAUUUGAGAAGUCAACUUCAGUUUUAUGUAGACUCAUCACCUAAGACAUCAAGAAUGCAAAGCCCAUUGCUGCAAUUAACAUAUGCAUGUGAGGCAAGUGUGGGAACAGAGCCCAUUUCUGCCAUCCCAGAACCCCCCGUAGAGGAUAAUGCCGAGCAUAUACUCGAGAGGGAGAGGUUGCAAUGGACAGAAACAGAGAGUAAGUGGAUUAGUCUUGUGGAAGAACUGAGAGUAGAGCUCGAAGCCAGCCGGAGACUCGGUCUUAAGCAAAAGACUGAACUUGAAAUGGAGAAGAAGUGUUCUGAAGAGCUAAAAGAAGCAAUGGAAAUGGCCAUGCAGGGCCAUGCAAGAAUGCUUGAACAAUAUGCUGACCUGGAAGAAAAACACAUCCAGUUGCUUUCUAGGCACAGAAAGAUCCAAGAUGGGAUCGAAGAUGUUAAGAAAGCAGCUGCCAAGGCAGGAGUAAGAGGUGCAGAAUCUAGAUUCAUAAAUGCUCUUGCUGCAGAGAUUUCUGCACUUAAAGUUGAAAGAGAAAAGGAGAAGCGGUUUUUCCAAGAAGAAAACAAAGGUCUUCAGUCCCAAUUAAGGGAUACUGCCGAAGCUGUUGAGGCUGCUGGUGAAUUGCUUGUUCGCCUUAAAGAAGCCGAGGAAACUGUUGAAGCUGCCGAGAAACGGGCUAUGGGCGCAGAGCAAGAAGCCAGCAAGGCUUACAAACAGAUCGAAAAAAUGAAGAAAAAGCACGAACACGAAAUCAACAGUCUGAAACGGUUAAUUGAAGAAUCUACUACUAGUAAACCACAUAAAGAAGCCGAACCACAGGUUUAUGAUUCACGAGAGACCCAGAACACUGUUGGGGAUCAACAGUGGAGGGAAGAGUUCGAGUCAUUCUAUCAGACUGAAGAUGAGCUCUCUAAAUUAGAUCCCUCUUCAUGGUUUUCUGGUUAUGACCGUUGCAACAUAUAGGAUUUUGAAAAAGAACAAAAAAAUUGAUGUUGUAUGUAUGGUACCAAUGUAAGUUUGUUAUAUACAAAAGUUUGGCUCAUUUUUUUUUACUUUUACCUUUACGGCACGGCACUAAUUGCUAGAUGAACAAUUACAAAUGUAUGUGUUUGGUAUAAUAUUUGUUCAGGGGGUGUUGUGGGACA